AUGGCUCAUCAUACACAUUCUCAUUCACACAGUGAAGGGAAAUCAUCUCUACAUAUUUCAAAAACUUGUCGAUUAGGAACAGUAUUGGGUCUUACAAUAGGCUUCUUCUUCGUUGAACUUAUUGGUGGUUAUGUGAUGGAAUCGGUGGCUAUUGCAGCAGAUGCUAUUCACAUGCUUAGCGAUAGCGGUGCUCUGAUUAUUGCUAUGGUAUCCGUACGAAUCGCCAAGCGAAAAUCUGCAAAAAACACAUUUGGUUGGGUGCGAGCACAAGAAUUAGGUGCUAUGGUUAAUUGUAUACUACUCAUGUCACUUUGUUUCACAGUUGUCGUACAAGCUAUUAAGCGUAUAAUCGCACCUGGACCAAUCGAGAAGGAAUAUUUGCGAUAUUAUGUUAUCAUUGGUAUCGUUGGUUUAAUUAUUAAUCUUAUGGCACUAUUGAUUCUUCGAGGUGAUAUGGCUCAUGGCCAUUCGCAUGGAGGUGGAGGAGGCAAAAAGGCGAAGCAUAGAAAGAGCGGCAAGAAGGAUGAAGAUAGUAUUGAAAUUGGUGACAUCAUGUGGUAUCAGAUAAAAAUGAAGCAACAGAUGCUAAAAAUAAAACGAAGACAAGAGGCUCCGGCUGGCGGUGAGCAAAUGAAUAUUCAUGGCGCCUUUCUUCACGUUCUCAACGAUGCUUUGGGUUCACUCGUCGUUAUUGUUUCUGGCAUUGCUCUAUUGUUAUGGCCUCAUAAAGUUUGGGUUAUCUAUAUUGAUCCAGUUGCUAGUUUACUUAUGAUUUCGAUGAUUGUUAUAUUUACUAUUCCAUUGUUACGUGAAUCAGCACUAGUUUUAUUGCAAACAGCACCUACACACAUCGAAGUAGCCGAUCUUCAAAAACGGCUUGUUGAACAAGUACCUGGUGUUCUUGCGGUACAUGAAUUUCAUGUAUGGCAAUUAAGUGGCUCGAAGAUUAUCGCAUCGGCACAUAUCCGUUGCCAUAAUCUAAGCGAAUAUAUGGCCAUUGCUGAACAAGUGAAAGACUUCUUUCACCAAGAGGGAAUUCAUUCGACAACAAUUCAGCCCGAAUUUAUCGAUCAAGAGAUUAUUCUCGGCACAGUUGGUGAUAAAGAGUGUAUUCUCGAAUGUCUCAAAGACUGUAGUAUGAAUACAUGUUGUGGACAACCGUCAAGUUACAUUAAACAACGACCCAAUCGAAUCAAUGGCAAUACUACUGAAUCAAGCGAAAAUCCUGUCUCAUAUGCUCAAAAAGAGUUGAUCAUCCCAUCUAUUGAAAUCAUCAGUCCAACACGCUCGAAUAGUUACGUCGAGUAA